CGCAAAUCUUCUACCAGUACUUUCCCUCGCUGCUGGACAUCAACUCAGUGCACUUUGAGGUGGGCGUCACGCCGAAGGUGCGCACCACCGAGACGGCCGACGCCUUUAUUCGCUCGCUGGUGGAGUUGCAGCUGAAGAGCAACGCGGGCAACGCCUCGCAUCAGAAGCAGCAGCAGCAGUUCAGUCAAGAACAGCUCAGCGCCGGGGUCGAGGGCAUUCCCUACGCCUCUCCGCCGGUGGGCCGACUGCGCUUCAUGCCCCCGGUGACGCCGCCCACCUGGACCACUACCCGCUCUGCGACCACCUUUGGCCCUGUCUGUCCGCAACGCCUCGCCGACAUCAGCAAUGAGACGGAGGCGCUGGGGCGGAUGACCAGAGGGCGGCUAAAACUACUCCGCCGGCUCUAUCCGCUGCUCGCCAACCAAAGCGAAGACUGCCUCUACCUGAACAUCUACACAGUGGCCAGUGCAACUCGAGAACUGGCCCGCCUGCCCGUGCUCAUGUUCAUCCACGGGGAGUCGUACGAGUGGAACGCCGGCUCGACGGUGGACGGCUCGGUGCUGGCCAGCGCCAGCGGCCUGGUCGUCGUCACCAUCAACUACCGACUGGGCAUACUCGGCUUCUUUCCAUCACCGGGCGGAAGCGCCCGCGGCAACUUUGGCCUAAUGGACCAAGUGGCCGCUUUGCAUUGGAUUCAGGAGAACAUUCGCGAGUUUGGCGGCGACGAGCGCAAUGUGACGGUGAUGGGCCACGGCACGGGGGCGGCCUGUGUCAACUUUCUCAUGCUUUCGCCCAUGGCCAGAGGCCUCUUCCAUCGAGCGAUAAUGGCCAGCGGAAGUGCCCUCUCCCCCUGGGCGAUUGCCUCUGAUGCCGUCCUCCACGGACAGACGGUGGCCAGGGCGGUGGGCUGCCAGUCGAGCGCUCAAA